AUGGCGCCUCCUUUCCGUGCUGAACAGAUCGGUUCUCUGAUGCGGCCGGCUGAACUCUUAGCCGCUCGUGCUGCCGCUGGUGUGACCACCUCAUAUUCGCAAUUGACUGCAGAGACACAGGAGGUCACCGACCGCGCCAUCGCGGAGGCUGUGGCUAAGCAGCUUGGACUUGGCAUCAGGCCUAUAACUUCAGGAGAGUAUGAAAGAGACAAGUUUUACUCUGGCUUUUUCGAGAAGCUUGCGGGAAUGCAGAUCGUCAAAGAUAUUCCUGUUGAUGUUGGGUUUCGAACUGGCUUCCCAAUCACGAAGACGUUGCAGAAACUUGGUAUCAAGACAAGAGAUUCGGUGGUUGCUGUCGAUCGAGUUCGCCAUGUCGAGAGCACUUACAUGUCGGAAUGGAAGGCUCUACGGAGCCUGCUUCCCCGUGAGAAAUGGCAUGAGUGCAAGCUAACCAUGCCCCCAAUCACCCAUCUUCAUAUGCAGAUGGGUGUUGGAACAGCAUAUCGCCCAGAAGCAUAUUCGUCCGAUGAAGAAUAUUUCCAAGAUCUUGCUGCCGCCUACGCUGCCGAAUGGCAGCUUCUUUACGACGAAGGACUGCGUUCAAUCCAAGUAGACGACCCCUGCCUCUUGUUCUUUGUGUCUGACGAGUUCAGAGCUGGCUGUGUCGCAGAUGGAGUGGAUCCAGACGCAAUGCUUGCACAAUACAUCUGUGCUCAUAAUCUAUGCAUAUCCCAAAAGCCGAAAGACCUCCAUGUCGGAAUACACCUUUGCCGGGGAAAUAUGGCUGGAUCUACGCACAUCAUGAGUGGAUCAUACGAACGCAUUGCGAAGAGUAUAUUCGCUGAGCUCAACUACGACACAUACUAUCUUGAGUAUGAUACUGAGCGAGCCGGGGAUUUUGAACCACUUCGUCAUCUACCGAUUAGCAAGAAUGUUGUCUUGGGUGUUGUGUCCACGAAGUCGCCCGAGUUAGAGGAUCUCGAUGAGCUGGUUUCGCGUGUCUAUGCUGCGAGUGAAGUCAUUGCUCGUGGACAGGGGCGUACUGUGGCCGAGAUUCUUGAUACGUCUCUUGGCGUCAGUCCACAAUGUGGCUUUGCCAGCAUGAGCCUUGGCGGAGGAAAGGGUAUGACAAUGGAGCUCAUGUGGGAGAAACUGGUGUUGGUCAGAGAUCUUGCAGAUCGAAUUUGGGGCAAGAAUCAGAUUGAGUGA